UUUCGUCGUUUCUGUGUUUAGAGCUGACAUUUUACUGCGUGUGUUGAUACAAUCGCCAUGGCGUUCUGGCAGUAGCGUUUAAUUAGUUAAUACUGUUAUUAGAAGACAUUGAAGAAACAUGCCUAAGGUCGUGUCUAGAAGUGUUGUGUGCUCUGACACCAGAGACAGGGAGGAGUACGACGACGGAGAGAAGCCCCUCCAUGUCUACUACUGCCUGUGCGGGCAGAUGGUGCUGGUGCUGGACUGCCAGCUGGAGAAGCUACCGAUGAGACCCAGGGACCGAGCCAGGGUGAUAGACGCCGCCAAACACGCUCACAAGUUCUGCAACGUGGAGCAAGACGAAAGCGCCUAUCUGAAGAGACCCGACGGCAUAGAGAGGCAGUAUCGAAAGAAGUGCGGCAAGUGCGGCCUGAUGCUCUUCUACCAGCACCAGGACAAGAACACUCCCGCCACCUUCAUCCUUGAAGGAGCCGUCGUCAAGUUCGGACAGGGCUUCGGUAACACCAGCGUCUACAGCCAGAAGCAGCCGGAAGCUCCCAAGAAGGUCCGAGUCAUGAUGACCAAGAGGACCAAAGACAUGGGCAAGUUUAGCUCCGUCACCGUGUCCACCAUCGACGAGGAGGAGGAGGAGAUAGAGGCCAGGGAAGUGGCGGAUUCCUACGCUCAAAACGCCAAAGUGAUCGAGAAGCAGCUGGAGAGGAAGGGGAUGAGCAAGAGGAGGCUGCAGGAGCUGGCAGAGCUGGAGGCUAAGAAGGCCAAGAUGAAGGGUACACUGAUUGACAAUCAGUUUAAGUAGAGGAGUGUAUCCAGAGAGGGACACAAACACUAUGGCUGCUGUCUUCUGGAUAUCCUAAUCUGUGCAGGACUGGCCUGAAAAGUUUGUGGUCAGCACAGCAUCAGUAGAGAAAGAGGGGACAAUAUGUGGACUUGGCUGAUGAUGUAAACAUUUUUUUUUUUAAGUGUUAUUUUGUACAAACAUUCAAGGUCCAAUAAAUCGGUUUGUUACUUUGU